AUGGCAGCUGAAAGUGGGGUUGCCGGCAAUCGCCCCACCGAUGCCUCCCCAAAGAAGGGUGAGGAGAUGACGCGUCGAGAGCAUUGGGUUGCCUCAAUCGGUUGCGCCCUCUCUGGAAUGAUGACUUUAAUUCCAUUCCAGUUUGUUGCUGUUAUGUUGCCCGUUUUGUCAAACCACUUUCUGGAUGGGAAGCAGCUCGGGAACUCCAUGCUGGGUAUGUACCAGCUGGUCUGCGUCAUAGCUCUCCUUGUUAUCCUCAAAAUAGGAGCUCUUCACGGCUGGCUCAUUCAGGGUGGUCUUGUGUUAUCUCUUGUAUGCAUGGCGGCGUUCUCUCCGGCGUUCUUCUAUGGACCUAUCGCCUGCCGCAUAGUGCUAGUUCAUAUUAUCCUCGGUCUUCUAGGUGCGUGCAACGCGGCUCUGCAGGCUGCUGGAUUUGCGAGGGCUGCAAUUCUUCCAAGGAACUAUGUAGGCACGACUUCUAUAGGCCAAGCAACUGCGGGAUUGGUGGCCUUCGUCGUCACUGCCAUCCUUAUGAACGGCGUGUUCGACAUGGACAGCGAAAGCGACGUCAAGUGGUUCAGCAGCAUUUGCUGCGGCAUUUCUGUGGUUAUGUGCAUCGGUUCAAUCCUGUACAUGUAUAUGUUCCUAAAUGCAAAAGUCUGUGUUCAAUCUGUAAGCAAUGCGUUGAGCGGCGGUUCUGAUGGAAAAGCUCAGCAGGAUGAUACACCCACAAUCGUAGCCGAUCUUGAGGAGCCAAAGAGACGCCAAAAUAGUGCAUCAAACGGCGCUCUGGAUGAGUCGCUGUUGCCCCCUCGACCAUGGCUAACGAUGAUGCGGGGCUCUUUCUGGGAACUCCUCAGCCUGUUUCUUGUUUUCUUCAUCACAUUCUCCCUCUUCCCGAAGGUCGGCCCCGUUUCCUUCAAUUUUGAGGGAAAAGGCCCAUCCAAGAUGGUGCUGCUCUUUGGCAUGGAGUUUAUUGGAGAUUUCCUGGGUCGAUCGUGUCUGCAACUGCCGAAUUUGCAUCCGAUGUUCGGCUUCCUGUUCCUCUCCCGCAACGCUACGGUUGCCGCGUCUUUUCUUCGUUUCUUGUUUUAUGUCCCGUUCUUCCUGGCAAUGAAGAUGGAAGACACUCCUUUUGUCAACAACUUUGCGUGGCUCAUGAUUAUUCAGCUUCUGCUUGCCUUCACUCUUGGUUGGGUCGGCACCUUAACCCUCAUCCACUGCUCCAUGUCUGUUACUCGCUUGUCCGAGAAAGCGCGCAUGGGGUCGCUCGCUACCAUAGUGCUUGCCAUUGCUAUAGGCGUGGGUCUAUACAUUGCCCUGGCUUUUUAA